AUGAUAAAUGAAGCCAACUUCUUUUGGAAUUAAGACUACACAGUCAACUUUGGAUCAGAACACUCUUAUUUAGAUGAAAGACUCAUAAUUACAGAUGAUUAUAUGCCAAUGCUUCCCAGAGCAAUUAAGGAAGGGAAUGCUUUUUGUUUAUUUUUAUGUUUCUAUUAUCUAAUCAAACUAUUUAUUACUUUAUCGUAAUAUCAAUAAAUAGACGAACCUCUUUUUAGUAUACUUAUUUUAGUUAUGGGUUUCCAUGAUGUGAUUAAUAUCCUUCAUUAUCUAAUUAUAGGGUAAACAUCUUAAUAUAAAUUAGAAUUUUAACCUAAUAUAUUGGUGGUAUUGAUAUAUAGAAUUUUAAUAGAUAACUCAAUUUACUCUCUUUGAAUUCAUCCAUAACUUAAAUACUUAUUCAAGAGUUCAUUAGCUAUUAUCGUCCUGUAAAUGGACUUCUCAUAAUAGAAAUUAUUGAAUAAAAAUCCUUUUAUUUUAAUUGUAUUACCAUUAAAUUAUUGUACUACUUUAUCUCAGUCUAUACUUUCAUUAUCAUGUUAUUUAUUACUACAGAUACACCAUUGCUUAUACAAAUUUAUAUAAUACUUUUGAUUAUUUAUUGGCUUAUUCCUGUACUUAUGUGUUUCAUAUGGCCAUUUGUUAUGCUAUGGUUCAUUGUACUUAGACAAGAAUUGCAUUAUCAACAAAAUAGAAAUUUAAUCAUAAGAUUUUAUGAUUAAUUAUAGAAAAUUAAAUUUAAAAAAUUAAUGGAACAACGUCCUUCGAUAUAAUAAAACGAUUGGUAUCUUUCAAAUCAAUAUUUUAGUCCUAUUUGCUAUUAGGAAAUCAAUGAAUCACAUAGUAUAAUUCAAUUGCCUUGCCAUAAAGAACAUUAUUUUCAUGCUGAAUGUUGUAAAUAAUGGCUUGGAAGAGAUCCUCGUUGUCCAUUAUGUAGAUAUGGAUUAGAAUAACAAAAAGAUGUAGCCCUACUUGAAUUCAUUUGA